CGGGAGCGGCGCAGCGGCGGCGGCGGCAGUGGCGGUGGCGGUUGCAGCUCGGAGCCGUUGAGACGCCUCUGCGGCAGCUGGUGGCGCAGGUGGCCGGCGUGGACGUGGGCAGAGGCGGCCAGCGCGCCCCGCAGCCCCAGCGUCGCCGCCCGGCAGGCGCGUCGGGACACCCCGAGGCAUCCUCCCCCGCCCGCGGGCCCGCCAGGCGCAGCUCGUGUCCGCGCUCGCAUCUCCCGAUCGCGGCUGCGCUGCUCCCCCUUCUGGUCUUGGGACUCCCGGCGUCGCCCCUCCAAACAUGACUCGCGAUUUCAAACCUGGAGACCUCAUCUUCGCCAAGAUGAAAGGUUAUCCUCAUUGGCCAGCUCGAGUAGAUGAAGUUCCUGAUGGAGCAGUGAAACCACCCACAAACAAACUACCCAUUUUCUUUUUUGGAACUCAUGAGACUGCUUUUUUAGGACCAAAGGACAUCUUUCCUUACUCAGAAAAUAAGGAAAAGUAUGGCAAACCAAAUAAACGAAAAGGUUUUAAUGAAGGAUUAUGGGAGAUAGAUAACAAUCCGAAAGUGAAAUUUUCAAGUCAACAGGCAUCAACUAAACAGUCAAAUGCAUCAUCAUCUGAUGUUGAAGUUGAAGAAAAAGAAACUAGUGUUUCAAAGGAAGAUACUGAUCAUGAAGAAAAAGCCAGCAAUGAAGAUGUGACUAAAGCAGUUGACAUAACCACUCCCAAAGCUGCCAGGCGAGGAAGAAAGAGAAAGGCUGAAAAACAAGUGGAAACUGAAGAAGCAGGAAUGGUGGCUACAGCAACAGCUUCUGCUAACUUGAAAGCAAGUCCUAAGAGAGGACGACCUGCAGCUACUGAAGUCAAGAUUCCAAAACCAAGAGGCAGACCUAAGGUGGUAAAACAGCCUUGUGCUUCAGAGAGUGACAUGGUUAUUGAUGAAGACAAAGGGAAAAAAAAGGGGCCAGAGGAAAAACAACCUAAAAAGCAGCUUAAAAAGGAAGAAGAAGGUCAAAAGGAAGAGGAUAAGCCCAGAAAAGAACCAGAUAAGAAAGAGGGGAAGAAAGAAGUGGACUCUAAACGGAAAAAUUUAGCUAAACCAGGGGUUACAUCAACCUCUGAUUCCGAAGAUGAAGACGAUCAAGAAGGUGAAAAGAAGAGGAAGGGUGGAAGAAACUUGCAGAGUGCUCACAGGAGGAACAUGCUGAAAGGCCAACAUGAGAAAGAAGCCGCAGAGCGGAAACGCAAGCAAGAGGAACCAAUGGAAACUGAGCAGCAGAAUAAAGAUGAAGGAAAGAAGCCAGAAGUUAAGAAAGUGGAGAAGAAGCGAGAAACAUCAAUGGAUUCUCGACUUCAAAGGAUACAUGCUGAAAUUAAAAAUUCACUCAAAAUUGAUAAUCUAGAUGUGAACAGAUGCAUUGAGGCACUGGAUGAACUUGCUUCACUUCAGGUAACAAUGCAACAAGCUCAGAAACACACAGAGAUGAUCACAACCCUGAAGAAAAUACGGCGGUUCAAAGUUAGUCAAGUUAUCAUGGAAAAGUCCACAAUGUUAUAUAACAAGUUUAAGAAUAUGUUUUUGGUUGGUGAAGGGGAUUCAGUCAUCACCCAAGUGCUGAACAAAUCUCUUGCUGAACAAAGACAGCAUGAGGAAGCAAAUAAAACCAAAGACCAAGGAAAGAAAGGGCCAAACAAAAAGCUAGAAAAAGAACAAACUGGUUCAAAGACCUUAAAUGGAGGAUCUGACACUCAAGACAGUAGUCAUCCGCAACACAAUGGUGACAGUAACGAAGACAGCAAAGACAGCCAUGAGGCCAGCAGUAAGAAAAAGUCUCCCGGAGAAGAGAGAGAGGCCGAACUAUCUCUGAAGGAGUCACCACUUGAUAACUAGGUUGACGGACAUGGGGUGUAAAGAUGAUGUGAAGUCUGUUGUGAGUGGCUUCAUUUGAAAUCCUUAGGCUGCUGAAAGGCUUAAAUUUUUAUAAGCAUAGGUUUGAUGUUUAAGUAGUUUGGGGGAAGAAAAUCCCUUUAUGUUUGUGUAAAAGUAAAACUUAUUGCUCAUUUUCCGUGUGCAGUAUUAACAGCUCCAUCAUCCAGUUCAAAUGUGAGGGAAACCUACUUAGAAAGGUGCACCCGCUUUAUAGACAUGACUAGUGUAUUUCAGUUAGAGUGUGUGUGUCCAUGUGUAAUUGGUAGUAGGCCAGUUACAUUUUAAAACUGCUCCUUGUGUAAAUCGUCCCUCUUCUCCCAAGUACUGUGGGUUUUGUGCAUAGUUUUUACAAAUCUUGGAUUUACCAGACUGUCUUUUCACUGUUUGUGGGUUUUUUAGAAGUUGAGCAUUUUUAUGGUUGAUAAAAUGAAUGUGACUUCUAAGCACUCACUCCUUUUUAUCAGAAGUUAACUUUAACCUCAAUCUAUUGUGCUGCAUUAGCUUGCCUCUUUCUAAUAAUGUGUAGUCUGUAUGACAACUAGAUGUACAACUGAUUGUCUUAGAAGGUACAAAUUUCUUAACUUUGGCAAGUAAUUUAGUUUUAGGGCUGGGAAUUCAGUGGAGUCAGUACUAAAGAGAACAGACUGAGUAUAUAUAUAUAGGAAGUUCAUUUACAAUCCUUUAUAGCUACUAAUCACAAAAACAUAAAAUAGUUUGUUUUUAAUCUUACACUCAUUAAGGUCACAUGCAUUAAGGUCUAUGUAUCUACAUGGUUUUUUUUUUUUUUAUUUAAUUGUAAUCAAUCCAUGAUGCUUAUAAGCGUUAAAUAUAAAUAAAUAAGGAAACUAACUUCAUUGGAAACAGGGCCAUAUUAGAAUGAGACUUGUAUUUAGUUUCUGUAUCAGACAUCACAGGAUUAGAAAAAUAAAAGGUAGAAACAUCAGUUGCUCCAAGGUAGUAACUAGAUAGUUCAUACACAUAAAUGUAGACUAUCAGAGCCUGUUAAAUUAAGGAAUAACAUUUCAAAGAUAUUCUGAGUAAUCACGUCACUUAUUGGCUUCCAGUAGGAAGAAAGGUUCAUCACUAUGCUUUGAAAUUUAAUGGGAAAGUGACUUAAUACCAGUGUUUGUGUGGUGUGAUUAUAUAUGAUCUUGACUUCCCAGAUUAUUUUCACUUAUGUAAAGGAUUUUGAGUUAUUCAAUAAUUGGACUUUUGCUCUACUGUUUGGGGCAAUGCUGUACAUUAUAUAUACACCAGUCUUCUGUUUUGUCCUUAGUACGUUUUUAACUUGGACAAAAAUUAUUCUAGUUAAGCCAUAAGUGUCAAAUGUGUAAACUUGUUUUAAUUAAAGUUGUUUUCUACCAAA